CCCUUGUUUAAAAUGACGACCCAGGGGCACAGUCUUAUUGAAUUUAACCAGAAGAAGUACGAUAACCUGCUCAACGAGUACGGCAAAGAUCUGACUGCCGUGUCUUUCCUGAAGAUGUACAAGGCUGAGGACCUCAUCGAGGUGAACAUCAACGGAGCUUCGGCUUCAUCCUGGGACGUCAGCCCCCCAAGUAGGAACGGACUCAGAGAACAUCUCCUCUCCAUGAACGUGGUGGAAUUCCGCUACGCUUACUCUUUCAAACGAAACAGCGACAGUUCUCUGGUGACGCCAGUAGUUGAAGGGAUCUACUCCUUCACAUUGUCUGCAACCGACCCCAAAGAACGUGAGAUAAGAAAACUUCUUGCGGAGCAGUUGGACACUAACGUCUCUUCACCAGUAGCCAUCCCAAGAGCCUAUCCUGGUUCAGUCCAAGUACCAGCCAAGGGUGAUGCGGAACCAGCUACAAAAAUACUCAGCUCGGAGUAUUCCCAAGGUUACAGUAACAUCACGAUGAAGCUUGAAUACGGCUCCAUUGACGGGGUAGGUGGAGAGCGAGAAUGGUGGGUGGUCAACAAAGAUGAAGACAUGAUGUCCAUCUUAACGUUCAAUGAUCGGGUAGCGUCCGACCUGUUUGCUCCGCUAGCUGGUUAUGGAAUCGUCGGUCUGUACGUUACCAUCGUCCUGGUCGUCGGCAAGUUUGUGCGCAUGAUGUUCAGCGGCGUCUCGCAGACGAUCAUGUUCAAGGAAUUCCCCAACGUGGACCGUAUCGUCAAGCUCUGCCUGGACAUCUUCUUGGUGCGUGAGUGUGGCGAGAUGAAACUGGAGGAGGACCUGACGGCCAAGCUCAUCUUCCUGUAUCGCUCGCCAGCAAUGCUGAUCGAGUUCACCAGAUACAAGAGAGACUAAACAGCCCCCCUCCCCCCACUCGUCGGGUUGAGAGGGAAGGUUUGUUAAAUGUUCAGUUAAGAGAGAGAAGGGUUGCAUGGUUGUGAGUUAAGGGUGGUGAGUUAAGCUCGUCUCUUGAUGUAUAGCCAGAGAAAACAAGACGAUUUGUAAACUAAAGACAAACAGAAACAAGAAAUUGUAUUCUGCUUUGUGACAGCAUUAGGGUUUGUUUUUCCAUAGAAGAGGAAAAUUAAUUGAAACAGAAAAAUACUUGUUUUUCAAAAGCAUUUGCACCUGUUAUGGUGAAGGGUAGGUGCAGAGGUUCAGUGUCAUGUACAUGUACAUGUAUCUCGAAGCAUACAAUGAACUUAGGUUAUUUUAUUACAAGAGUCUUUUAACACAGUAUUUCAUGCCUUGUGUCUUUGUUUUGUGUCUGGUAUAAGUUUCUGGUAUUGAGGCGAAUGAAACGAUGAUUUGUCAUAAUAUGGGCUUGAAGCUGCCAUUACCAGCAAACAGUCUAAUCUAUAUGCCUGCAUUGCCUUUGGUACAGUGUUGUACUCAAAGAGGUUCUGCAUGCAUUACCUUGAUUUAUGAAUGAACAACAAUCAAUGCAAUGUAUACAAUAACCCUCCUACUAUUGGUGCACUCGCCUGCCCCCAACUCGCUUGUUCCAUGGGCAACUGUGGAGACUGGCCAAGAAUACACAAGCCAUGGGGUUUCAUAUAAUCCGUGUACAUGUACUUGGUCUGGCCACCAAAGUGUGUGUUGGCCACUAAAGUCAUGAGAUUUUUGCCUUUGGAUUUUAGGCACCAAUUUGUCAGCUGAGAGUGAACAUGUUUUCAAUGCAAGGCACAAACAUCCCCUCCCCCCACCCUGAGUUUUUCAAAUCUUUGAGUUUUUCAAAUCUCUGAGUUUUUCAAAUCUUUGAGUUUUUCAAAUCUUUGAGUUUUUUCAAAUUAUUUUCUACGCCACUCUGAAAUAAAGUAGGAGGAUUGACGUUAAGAUUAGGAGUCAACCAAUCAGGAGAGACGUAGCAACCCUGAGUAGAGAAUGGUUGGGAAACCAUUUGGUCGUUGGUUCGCACAGUACUAAUCGUGAUUUUCAACGCUGAUAUUUAAUCAUGUUUUUCUACCGCAUGAGGGCGCUUUCAAUCGCAAAAUUUCCUUGCAUCACUGUUACAGUUUUGUCUUGUUUUGACUGGCUGAAAUGGCCAAAUAAAUGAUAAUAAUAAUAACCAUGGAAUAAAAAGCAACACUAAAAAAAAAAAAAAAAAAAAAAUAAUAAUUUUAUUUGUUUCACAUUAUGUUAAAUGGUCCACAUAUGCCUUCAUGUGGUCAAAUAUGCAGAAUUUGUUUUCUUCAAAAUCUUCAUUAUAGACAAUGAAUUACAUUAUACGAUAUGAAUAUUUUAAUGUUCUCGAACAUGAAUUUUUUUUACAUCGAGGUAUUUUCAGAAGUUAGAAACCAUAAGUCGUUACUUUAGAUUUAAUGACUUUUGUCCCAUGCUUAGUUUUAAUUAAACCUCAAGCACACUAAAGCAGUCUUAGAUUUUGAAAAAAAAGUUGAGUGUGUUUGGAGAACAGAACUUUUUGAGUUUUAUUUUUACUAACUCAACAUCUUUUGAAGAAACGAAAAAUAUAUUUUUCUUUGCCAAAAUGACUUUUGCCUUAUGAGACGCAACUCAGGAGCUGAAAAGUUUUAAAAUCCGUAAAUUAUAUACUGUUACUGAAACGUUAAUUUGUUGAUGUUUUUUUUAAUUCUGAGUUUUUCCUUUUGACUUCUUCUGUUUGUUUAGUUUUUAGUGGUUGUAGUUUAAGUUACUUUGAGUAAUAAAAUAAUUUGUUAGUUUUUUAUCUUCACUUAAUUUUGGAGUAGUGGUAGAUAAGCUAGUUCGUAAAAUGGAAAAAUUCCGGGUGAUGCAUAGAUUCUGUGAAUAUAGUUAGAAGAACGUUUGUAUAGAGCUAUGGUUGUUGUUUUUGUGGUGUAUUCGAGAGGUUUCGCAAUACGGAUACUGAUACAAAUACGAUAACCGUAUCCAUUCACGUUGAAUGCGUGUCAGAUUUCGCAAUCUGUGUCAUAUUUCGCAAUCAAAGAGUUGUGUCAGGUCAAGGAAAAAG